GCCUUUUUUGUUACUGUGAUCCUCCGCAUCUCCUUCCCAGUGGUCCCAUUUCUUCAUUCCUUACUUCUUCUUUUCCAUUGUGCGCAUUUGUCUGUCUCUCCAAUUGGAAUUUCCCGGCCAUUGCAUGCCCGCGUUGCUCCGCCUUCCAGCAAACAUCUCCUCCAUCUCCGGGUUACUUCCGGGGCUGGUCUCUUUCCGAUUAUCCUUCCCGCUCGCAAACUUCCCCUCACCCUUCGCCCUGCUCCCUCCCUGCCCGCACAGCACAACUCAAUAAUAGAGAUGGUGCCGCCUAUCACGAUUGUGCCGUCUCUCGAGACUGCAGGCGAGGUUAUUGACUCCGUCCGAGACUCCAAGUUCGCUCCUAACCUCCUACCCUUGGUAACCUCCAUCUCCGCCGACCUUUUGACACCCACCCUAGCAUAUUUGAAGAUCGCAGAGAAAUCGAAAUUAUCGUUUCUCUAUGAGAGUGCUGCUACCACAGAGACUAUCGGGAGAUACAGUUUCGUUGGAGCCGAUCCCCGCAAAGUUCUCAAGACUGGCGCCGGUCAUGGCUCCGAGUGUGAUCCGUUGCCUAUCCUAGAGGAGGAGUUGUCGGGUUUUCGCGUUGCCACAGUACCCGGUUUGACUCUUCCUCCUCUGACCGGAGGUGCUAUCGGCUAUGUCGGUUAUGACUGUGUGCGGUAUUUCGAACCUAAGACGGCCCGCCCCAUGAAGGAUGUGCUGGGUAUUCCUGAAUCGCUGUUCAUGCUGUUCGACACUAUCGUCGCCUUCGAUCACUUCUUCCAAGUGGUCAAGGUUAUUACAUACAUUCCGAUUCCCACCAGCAAGACGGAGCUUGAGGCGGAAUAUCGCAAGGGCCAGGAGGCCCUCCAGCGCAUCGUUGCGACCCUACUACGCCCUGACUACCCACUCCCCCCCCAGGGUCCCAUUUUACAAAACCAGGAAUACACGUCGAACAUCGGACGCGAGGGCUACGAGCGUCAUGUUACCCGCCUCAAGGAGCACAUCUCCAAGGGUGACAUCUUCCAGACGGUACCCUCGCAGCGGUUGUCCCGCCCGACCUCCCUCCACCCCUUCAACCUCUUCCGACACCUGCGCACGGUCAACCCAUCACCAUACCUCUUCUACAUCGACUGUGAAGACUUCCAGCUGGUAGGUGCCAGUCCGGAAUUGCUGGUUAAGGAGGAGAAGGGCCGCAUCAUCACACACCCCAUCGCCGGUACCGUGAAGCGCGGCCGGACGCCCGAGGAAGAUGAGGCACUGGCCACCGAGUUGCGUAGCAGUCUGAAGGAUCGCGCGGAGCACGUGAUGCUGGUGGAUCUGGCCCGCAACGACGUGAAUCGAGUAUGCGACCCGACGACGACACAGGUGGAUCGGUUGAUGGUGGUGGAGCGGUUCUCGCACGUGCAGCAUCUGGUGUCGCAGGUGUCAGGGGUCCUGCGGCCGGAGAAGACGCGGUUUGAUGCGUUCCGGUCGAUCUUCCCCGCAGGAACGGUAUCUGGGGCGCCCAAGGUGCGAGCAAUGCAGCUGAUCGCCGAGUUGGAGGGGGAGAAGCGUGGUGUGUAUGCGGGCGCGGUGGGCUACUUCGGCUAUAACAUCGCCACUGCAGAGGGCACGGCGGAAGUCCCGGGCGCGAUGGACACGUGCAUUGCGCUGCGGACAAUGAUGGUCAAGGACGGAGUGGCCUAUUUGCAGGCGGGAGGAGGCAUUGUGUUCGACUCGGACCCGUACGAUGAAUACGUGGAGACGCUGAACAAGCUGGGGGCGAACAUCGCUUGCAUUAAGGGUGCGGAGGCCAAAUAUCUCAGCAUGGAGGCGGAGCCAAAAUCCUAGAAUUGCGCUGCUUCUUUAUCCUCUCAUGGUUUCUAGUCCUAGUCUCUGCCAUGUUCUUGUAUCUCCUCCCUUGCGCUUCAUCAGAUUACUAGAGGACCUCAGAUUUUGAGACGAACCGUGAAUAGUCGAUAGUUGGUAGCCAUGUAUUGUCCAUACUCCCAGUU